AUGUCUUCCCACAAAAUCCUCUUGAUCAACGGCCCAAAUCUGAACCUUUUGGGCACCCGGGAGCCUCACAUUUAUGGUUCGACAACCCUCCAGCAGCUGGACUCGGCAAUCACCGCGCGGGCAUCGCAAAACAACAUAAACAUUACCUGCUUCCAGUCGAACUCGGAAGGUGAUAUUGUGAGCCGAAUCCACAAGGCUGGGGAAGAUGGGGUAGCCAGCAUCAUCAUCAACCCGGCCGCGUACACGCAUACAUCGGUCGCAAUCCGCGAUGCCCUUCUUGGUGUCGAUAUACCAUUUGUCGAAAUUCAUAUCUCGAACCCUCAUAAGCGAGAGACAUUUCGCCAUCACAGCUACUUGAAGGAUAAGGCCAGCGCAGUGAUAUGCGGAAUGGGGAUUUACGGUUACUUCGCUGCGCUGGACUGGUGGGCGUGGACUCUUGCCGGAAAGCAAAUCAUUUGA